AUGCAUAAAUAACCCAAUGAUAAAGCAUAACAUACCAAAUCAGUAGUUAGAAGAAGAAGAAGAAAAAGUAGUGAAUCCAUUUCCAAUUGGAUGGAGAACACAAAAACAAGUAGUCAUAUUGUAGUAACUUCAAUCCCAAUAUUUAGCCACCAAUGUUCAGUAAUUGAGUUUUGCAAGAGACUAAUUCAUAUCAAUAAACACUUUCAUGUCACAUGCAUUUUCCCAACCAUUGAUGCACCAAUUCCAUCCACUCUCAAAUUACUUGAAUCUCUUCCUUCAUCCAUAAAAUGCAUUUUCCUCCCUCCAAUCAAAAAACAAAACCUACCACAAGAUGUUACCUUACAACUCGAACACGCAGUUUCUCAAUCUAUGCCAUCAUUUCGCAAAUCAUUGACUUCACUAUCUUCAACUUCAACCACACCACUUGUAGCAUUAAUUGUUGAUCCUUUUGCAAACCAAGCAUUAGAAAUAGCAAAAGACUUCAACCUUUUAUCCUUCUUAUACUUCCCUGUUUCUGCCAUGACAACAUCACUACACUUGUAUUUGCCAACAUUGCAUCAACAAAUUUCAUGUCAAUACAAAGAUCACCCCGAGCUUAUUCGAAUUCCGGGUUGCAUGCCGAUUCAUGGCCAAGAUUUUCCUCCUACAUUUUUUCAUGAUCGUUCAAGUAUUGCUUAUGAAAUUAUUCUUCAACAAACCAACAGAUUCUCUCUUGCCGAUGGUGUCAUUGUUAAUAGCUUCUUCGAAAUCGAGGCGAAUAUGGUCCCGGCAUGGCGAAGCAACAUCCAAUUUAUUUAUCAAGUUGGGCCAAUCAUACAAAAUAUUUCAAAUAACAGCAGUUGUAGUCUUAGUAGUAGUCGUGAGUCAAAUGAAUCAGCGAAUAUUGUGAAGUGGCUAGAGAAUAAAAAACAAGAUUCUAUUUUGUAUGUUUCCUUUGGAAGUAGAGCCACUUUAUCUCAACAACAAAUCAAUGAACUAGCUUUAGGGUUGGAGUUGAGUGGUCAAAAAUUCUUGUGGGUUUUGAGAGAACCUAGUAAUUUUGCAAAAAUAGGUCACCAUAGUGAUACAAAUGAUAGUGACCCUUUAAAGUACUUACCACAUGGGUUCUUAGAGAGAACCAAAGAACAAGGUUUAGUUGUUGCUUUAUGGGCCCCACAAACUCAAAUCUUAAAUCAUAGUUCAACUGGUGGAUUUUUAACUCAUUGUGGUUGGAAUUCAACGCUUGAGAGUAUUGUGGCGGGAGUGCCAAUGAUAACAUGGCCAUUGUUUGGUGAACAAAGAAUGAAUUCUAUUUUGUUAACGGAGGAACUCAAAGUUGGUUUGAAGGUAAAGUUUAAUGAGAAUGGAGUUGCGGAAAGAGAUGAAAUUGCUAAGGUGAUUAAAGAUCUAAUGGUUGGUGAAGAACGAAGUGGAAUUCUUAAAAGAAUUCAAGUGCUUAAAGAUGGUGCUAGUGGGGCAUUAGCGGAAGAUGGAUCCUCCACAAGGGCACUUUAUCAAUUAGGAACUCAAAUGGAAAGCAAUGGAAGGAAAUAAAUAAUGGGAAUAAAGUUUGUGAGAAUGAGAGUUCAAAUUUGUGUUUACUUUUUUCCUUCAUUUUAGUGUUUACUUUUUCCUUGUUCUUUGGUUCUCGUUAAUUAAUUCCAACUCUAAGGUAUUCUAUUGCUUUGUUAGUUGGUUUAUUUCCUUCAAAAAUGAAUAAUAAGUAGCUUUUCUCAAAGAA